UCCAGCUCUCCACCCAUCAUAUACUACACACACGCAUAGAGCCGCUGGCUGUGCGCCAGAGAGAAGAGAGGGAUGGCGGCAGCGGGCAGCGGCGACGGGCGGCCGAGCCGGUACGAGUCGCAGAAGCGGCGGGACUGGAACACCUUCUUGCAGUACCUCAAGGACCACCGGCCGCCGCUGGUGCUGUCGCGGUGCAGCGGCGCGCACGUGCUGGAGUUCCUGCGCCAUCUCGACCAGUUCGGGAAGACCAAGGUCCACGCCACCGGCUGCCCCUUCUUCGGCCUGCCCAGCCCGCCGGCGCCAUGUCCCUGCCCGCUCCGCCAGGCAUGGGGCAGCCUCGACGCCCUCGUCGGCCGCCUCCGGGCCGCCUUCGAGGAGAACGGAGGCCACCCGGAGGCCAACCCCUUCGGCGCCCGGGCCGUCCGGCUGUACCUGAGGGAGGUCAGGGACUCGCAGGCCAAGGCGAGAGGCAUCGCCUACGAGAAGAGGAAGAAGAAGCGGAAGCGGUCGCCGCUUCAGCCCCCUGUCGCGGUGGCGGAGGCGCCGCGCUGCGAUCUAAACUCACUGGAUUACGAUAACAUGGACGUCAUCCAGUAUCUCGUAACCGGCACUAACAUGGAGACGAUGAGCGGUGAAGCCGAUACCGGGGUCGUCAUGGCAGUCAUGGGAACACUCGACGCCGCUUUCUUGCCAUUGCCAGUGUUUCAUUAGUCCUCUCAGCCCUUCCGCUUACAGCAUACAUCUUUAUGACUAGUAUGUACUUGUACGUGACUCACGGCCACUCUUAAGCUUCUUUGUGAAUGAACUAAAUAGCUUCUUUUGAAGUC